GGGGAGGGGCGGGGACCCCGGCCGCCAUUUUGUCCGUCCUGCACGGGGCGGGGCCGCGCCGGGCUCGGCCCCCGCUGACACCGGAGCGGGGUGGUUCUGGUGAGGCCCGGGCGGCCGGUUUGGGCCGAUAUAAACCCGGAAAGGAGCGCAGCGCCCGGGCAUCCUUUGGAGACAUGCUGCGUAGUUCCCUCCUUCCCCUCCGCCUCCGGCAGGGCAGCAAAGAUCACAGAAGCAUGGAACAGGUCAGAUAGGAAAGGACCACGGUGGGGCAUCUCGUCCAACGUCCCUACUCAAGCAAGCUGUGUGUUUUGCUGAAACUUGCAGGUACUUGGAUUUCAUGCUGAGGAAACUGAAUUGAAAUGUGUGCAGAGAAAGCUGGUGAUGGCAGUGUCGGAUGAGCUUCACCACCUCUGGUACCAGGCUACAAUCACCCCAGAGCUGAGUCUGGCUGUCGGUGUUUCAGCCUCCACCAGUAACAUCCCAGGCUGUGGGAAAUUGUUUCCAGUCUCACUUUCUUCAGGAAAAUUGGAAAAUAAUAUUUGAAGUUACCUGAAGGAUUGGAACCUUUGAGGAAAAUGAAAGGAGCCCCCAGAUUACUUGGUUUAAGAUUUCCUCUGUCCCCACAUGCCCAUGGCUCUUGGAGAAAACUGGCUCAGAAAUGCUAGGGGAGGUCACCAGCAGUAGGCCCACACGCCUGGGCAUCCUUUCUCCUGCUGCCCAUCUUCCCGAUCCCAAAACGGAGGAGCCCACGGAGCCCACCAUGUCAUCGGACCCCAGCGCCGCACCGGCAGUGCCACCCCUGCACUCCCCCAAGUCACCGGUGUGGCCCACCUUCCCUUUCCAGCGGGAGGGCAGCCGCAUCUGGGAGCGGGGCAACCUCCUGCUACGGGACCUGCCCAGCCCCCUUCCCACCAAGAGGACCAGGACCUACUCGGCCACAGCACGUGCCUCUGCUGGCCCCAUCUUCAAGGGUGUCUGCAAGCAGUUCUCUCGCUCCCAGGGCCACGGGUUUAUCACCCCAGAGAAUGGCACCGAGGACAUUUUCGUGCAUGUGUCUGACAUCGAGGGAGAGUACGUCCCCGUGGAGGGGGACGAGGUGACGUACAAGGUCUGCCCCAUCCCUCCCAAGAACCAGAAGUUCCAGGCAGUGGAGGUGGUCCUCACCAACCUGGCGCCCCACACGAAGCACGAGACAUGGUCUGGCCAGAUCAUCGGCUCCUAGGCGCCCAGGGGGGCCGCCAGCCACUCAGCCCCGUGGAGCAAGCCUGCCCAGCCGCUCACAAGGGGCGUGGGGGGAGCCGAGGCGGUGGCGGGGCCGGGGCUGCCCCCAAACAUGCAGGCGUUUGCGUUCAGUGUCUUUUAUAAGGUUACGGUUUCCUUUCUCUGUGUGUAUUUGUAAGUGUCUGUCAAGGGGGACAGGGGAAGCAGAGCCCUCCCUGACUGUCCCCCAGCUCCGGGGGCAGCACCGAGCCCCAUGUUCCAUUCCUUGCUCCUGAGGCCAUGGGGAAUAGAGGAACCAGUCCUAGCCCCAGCCCUCCAGCUCUACUGGGCUAAAGCAGGUGCUGAGAGCAGGAGGGGGUGGGGAGAGGCUGGGUGGCUCGGCUCAUCCUCCUGAACUCCACUCUGGCAGGAUGGGCACCCCACUCAGGCCGCAGUGGGACAGCAGCAGUGGGACAUGCCCUGGUGCAGGGACAAAACAGGGUGGUGUGGGGUGGCAUAUCACUGUGCAGGGUCUGGGUGGCUGAGACCCAUCCCCAUUGCUGGCAGCUCACAGCACCCACCUGAGCCACAUCCCUCCAUCACAAGAUCUCAGGUCAGCGGUGCCACGGGGUGGUGGCUGGUUUACAGAAAGCAAAAAUUUGGUUUUAAGAAGCAGACAGAUGCUGGCAGGGCACCCGGGGCACUCGGUGCUGUGCCUGGGGGGCUGCACCAGGGCACGGGGCAGGGGGAACUUGCCACCUCUGUGCUCCCCGCUGCUGCUGGGCAGUAAUGCACUUUUCUUUGCUCAGUGCUGAAAUGAUUUUGGGGAGACAGACACUUUUUCCUCCUUCUCUUGCCCCUGGCCCCCUGGGGACCCCCUUCCCACGCGUGCGUGUGUGUGUGUGCAUGUCUGUAGAUGGCUGGGGCGGUGAGGAGCUGAGGGGUCUGAGCAGCCUCGGCCAUGAGGUGAGCACAGCCACCCCCUCCCCAGCCCCUCGGUGUAGGCAGGGUCUUGUAUACAAAGCACAAACUUUGGUUUUGGUCUUUUCUGCCAUACCAUGGCCAGGUGGGCUCCCACAGCCCCAGGGAGCGACAGGGCAGAGGGCACUGGGACAGGGACAACAUGCACUGGGCUGGUCUUGAGCUCACCCCAGGGAAACAGUGCUGAUGCUCCAGGAAUUACCAGCAUCUUAAGGGGUUCACAGCAGGGCUGGGGACAGUGGGGUGCCAGCAGGGCCUCCCAAGCAGGGCAGGAGGGGAUAGGCAGCUCCUGGAACACCAUGCCAGCAGGAGCUGCUGGCACUGCUGGUGCUCAGCAUGGAUGGAGAGGGGUGUCUGCCACCUUUCCUGUUGCUGCUGCUGCUGCCAACAGGGCUAAGUGGGGAGAGGAGCAGAGCAAGGCUGGUGCCACGCAGGACAGCCGGGCCCUGCAGAUUCAGGAGGACCAUGCUGGUGCGGGGAUUGCCCCAGGACCCUCUGGCCCAUCUCACUGCCAACCCAAAGCCUGGCUCUCCCAGGGGCUGUGGCAACUGUGGCUCAGGCUCCAGGCAUCCCCAGGACAUGCAGUCAGCUUGGCCAAGGCAAACUGUUGGAUUUUUUUUUUUUUGAAAUAAACUAAAACCCUAGACUUGUUGGUGUUUUUACAACUCUAGUGUGGUUCCCGCCUGUCUGACCAUGUGUCAACCUUUGUAACAUUGGCAAUAAACCAUUAAAAGUGAC